GUACCCGUUCUCAAUAAGAUUGAUUCAGACUUUUAAGAACAAUUCGUACCAUCGGACCUCAGUAGCAUCAAGUUUGGUAAAUGGAGUGUACAUAUUGGAACGGGACAGGCAAGAGAGACGGGUAGGUUCCGGAUCACUAGCCAUGCCCUGGUGGGAUUUCUUCAACUUCUCUUUAGUCGAAACCUUGAUCGACGACUACGACGGCUCCAUAUAUGGUGCCGUUUUCGAAUAUAAGCUCUCCAACUUUUGCCAAAAUACCCCUCACGUGAAAGUACCUCCACGUUAUGUGAUUGCGUUCCGCGGCACAAUCCUAGAUUCAGAAACUUGGAUGUCUGAUGUGAAACUCAACUUCAAAAUCAGCUUUAAUACCCUCUAUCGUGGCAGUAGGUCUAUGCACGCCAUACGAGCAAUCCGCAAUGUGGUGGACAACCACAACCAUUCAGCUAUCUGGCUUGCUGGACACUCUUUGGGAGCCGCCCUAGUGUUGUUGGCUGGAAAGACCAUGACAAGCUUGGGAUAUCUCCUCGAAAGUUACAUAUUCAACCCACCCAUCUCGUCUAUUCCUCUAGAACAGCUACCUGGGGGAGAUAUGCUUAAAGAAAUGUUUCAAAUCACCAAGAGUGUCGUCAAAGCUACCGUAGCCAUUGCCUUAACCGAUCUACAGGUUCAAGAAGAGGAUCCAAAAACUGCAUCAUGGAUACCUUAUUUAUAUGUGAAUCCAGCAGAUCCAAUUUGUGCAGGAUUCAUCGAUUACUUCAAACACAAAACCUUCAUGUCCAAGAUCGGUGCAAGCAAAAUCGAGAAAGCUGGUACUGGAAAGUCAGUUAGGAGUUUAUUGGUGGGAAUUACUAAAGGAAAAUCAUCAUCGUCAGAUUUGUCAACGGAACCUCUUCACCUUCUUCCAUCAGCUAGCAGAUAUGAUUGUAAACAAGAACAAACCUACUCCGUCUAUGACAGCUCAUGGACUUCAUCAGUGGUGGGAGCGAGACUCUACCCUGAGGGAAAAUUGGGAAAGCUGCUGCAUUAGACCCAAGUCUAAAGGCAAAUUGCACCAAUUGACCAUACAAUAAACAAUAAAAAUGAUGGUCACAUUUCGUUUGGUUAAAUGGCUUUAUGCCUUUUACAUCUGUUCAGGUGAUCAGUUUCCACUUCUUCUAAUUUCGUGUUUGUCUCUAUGUUCCCAUGUUUUAUACCGUUUGCCCUUUGUAUUGCUACUUAAAGUUCUUUUUUUGUUGUUUGAUUUUUCUUUGCCAUGUAAUUGUUUGGGCUAUGAUAAUUUACUUAAAACUACUAUAAUGUUUUUUCUUUUGUAAAGUAAACUACUUUUAACAAA